UGUUAUUUUUAUCGCUAUCGCUAUUCCCUCCACUGUGCAAGGGGCUUAAAUUUUACGACACGGUGGUCGCACGGAACAGAGUUUUAAUGUUCACGAGUCAAGCGCGAGGACAGAAUGAACAAAAUCAAUUGUAUUAAAAAUAUAAAUAAAACGAAAACUGUGAAGAGUGUGAGAAUCUCAAACACGGCCAAUUUAUAUCGUUAAGGCGCGACGCUCGUAGCGCUCAUAAUCGGCGGAAUUAUAAUUAGGAGAGCCCGACGUGGAAUAUAACAAGACAGGGAAGGAUAACAUUAUCGUCAUUAACCGCAUCCCGCUGAUACUCGCACGGAUAACAAGAUAAUAUGUGUUUCCCGUGGCUGAUUUCCCGUUACGAAAUGACACGGUGCGUCGCGUUUUGUGGCCGCUCGCGCGGAGAAUUUUUUGAGAAAGCGCAGAGAGAGAAAGAGAGAGAGACGAUGAUACAAUGACGAGCAGCACCCAAAUAAGCGCACACGCUUCGAAAACGGAACGCAUUAUGGAUUAGCGACAAUAAGCGCUUUGUGAGCCGCUUGUAACUAAACUCGUAAACCCGGAGUUUACUCCAGGAUUUGGAUACAAAAGAUAUGGGAAGCGAACCAAGGCUGUUAGGUCGUUCACGACGAUAUGCCUGGAAUGCAAGAAACGGAUAGCCGGCUCUAGGCCGGUACCUGAACCGUCGGCGAACACCGAAGUUACGAUGAAGAAAAGCACAAACGCAGAAACGCGCCAUGUAUCCACCGGAGAAGAAACUCCUCCGGAUCGUUCUUCACGCCGUCUUUUCCGCGUCUAUCUGCUCUCUCUGCGUAGAGAAUGUCUUUCUUCCUUUUGCGGUGCGAUAAACGAAGGCGGAAUUUUAGACGCGGUUGAAUUGCGGUAAGAGUAAAUGACGUUUAAAAAUCGUCGAAAAAUCUGAUUUUACUUGCGAACUAAUCUUCUCCGAAGACGUUGAGUGAUAAUAAAAAAAAAAAAUAGGACUGUCAUAAAAAAAAGUCGUAAUUAUUAUAAUUUUACGAUCACGGAAUAUAAGGAGAAGUAAUUUUACCCUAAUUUUCUCUUUAAAUGUGCCGAGGAAAAAACAUAAUUUUAGAGAAGCCCGAAAGAAAUCGGGACGCUCGUUGAACACAUUGCGAAAUCAGAAAAAAAAAAAAUACGUCUAUAUAUAGUCUGAGAACUGUUUACGCGGUCUUUCCUCUUAUAUUCGUCAUAUUAUCGACUGAUAAUUGACUUCGGGACGAAAUAACACGGUGGAGGCACACAAGUGCGCUACGCUAUAAGCACACAUGCGUAUACAUGUACACGAGAGGAAUGGUCUGAAAUCAAACCGUAAUGAGCUGAACGGUACAGCGUAUUAAAACUGCGAGCGGAGAAAAAUACGUUUUCCAUUAGCGCUCAUUGAGAUCUCGGGGUGGCCGUGUGCGCACGAGUAUUGCGCCCGUCGUACCAUAAUACCCGUCUUUGCGUCUGUGUGUCGAUGACGGUCUGCAUUAAAUAGAGAUGCUUGUCCCGCCGCCGCCGCCGGCCCGCAAAGUUAUCUGACCACGAACUCGCAGGAGUUAACUCGGUACCGCCGGCUGGCUACCUGCUGGAGAGAAUAACAUUUGUUUGAAAUUGUAACGGCGUUUACAGCCGUGUAGAAUGCCAUAAACCGCAGCUGUUAUUACCCGUCGCGCGGCGAUCGACCGAGUAUUAGCCUGAUUUUGGCGAUUUCUCACACACGCGAGAAAGAAACUCGAAUGACGCUCGUAAAACGGGGUCCGUUUAGAGAGUUUUUGCGCCCAUCUAAAUCGCUUUGGCAUAUCGAGCUGAAAUGAUUGAGUACAAUAAAUUGGGCUAAUAUGGAAAUCUCUAUUGUAAUACAAUGUAAUUGUGUGUUUGCGUCUGCAUUAACAAAAAACAAAUGUAUUACAAGAAUAGUAUUCAAUUACUCUUUGAUAAAAUAUUACGCAAAUGAUCUAAAAAUCAUUUCACAGAAUCUAUCAUAUCGCGCGACGAAGAAACGAAGUUAAAGAAGAAGAAGAAUAAAAGAAAACAGAAGACAGUAUGAUGAAGAAAGAAGUGGGAGCAUGGGCCCCGUUGUGGCCGCUUUUCCGUUCCUCUUGCUGCUCCCGUCCUGAAAGCCCGACUACCAGGAGUCCGUUCAGUCUUGCCUCAGUCAUCCACACGCAAACGUAGACGCGACGCACUGUGGAGGAGGGCACCGCGCUAUUUCUUGUUUACGUCCUUUCAAUAUCGUCGUCACGCAACCCCUCGGUGUGCAACGCCUAACAAUCACGUUCUCGUUCUUGACGGUGGCAGAUACGGCAUAUAUAACACACAAAUUUACGAUCACAAGUGAAGCAGAAGAUCUAAACCAUCUGAUGAUGCACGGAAGUCGCAGGAUAAUUCUCAUCCUCUGCACGAUGAUGAAUUACGCGAAACUGAUCUCGCCCUCGGCUACUUCAACGUACUUGAAACUCGGCGACGAGUGUAAUCGAGACCGGGACUGCGAGGUCGACAUUGCCAACAGCCAUUGUUACUUGGGUUACUGCCGAUGUCAGCCCUUCUUCGCCGGUUACAAUGAGACUCAUUGUCUCGAAUCGACUCUCUUGGGCAAUGAUUGUUUCGUGAAGGAACAAUGUUCUUUGAAAGUGGCGCACAGCAGCUGCCUCGAGGGUGUAUGCAAAUGCGAGGACGGAUACCUGCAAUUCCGGAGGCAUACUUGUCUAGGACCGGCAAAACUCGGCGAGGUGUGCUACGAACACGCUCAUUGUCGUCUCUGGGAUCCCGAGUCGCAUUGCGAUUUUCUCAUUCCGGAUUUGUUCGGUCGCUGCCAAUGCACCGCGCCGAUGCGUCGGGAGGGCGAUGUGUGCCGACCCGACAACCUCGUGAGACCCGUGCUUCCGGAAUACUUGCCGCUGCAUACGGAAUCGAUAAUAGAGGACGCCAAUGAGAACGAGCGCGACAAGGAAAUUGUCACCGAGGGACAAAAAGAAACAAAUUCAGAAGAGCAAGACACAGGCGUGCAGAUAUCCUGGCUGAAAAACGCAACGAUGCUCUUAUCAACGGAAGUGCCCAGUCAAAUGAUACCGGUAAAUCUGGUGACCAGGCCGUCCAUGAGCGUCAGACCGGGAUCUGACCGUCCCGGACCGCACGAACUCCCCGACGAUGACGACGCUAUUAUUAUCGACGCAGAAGUCACCGAACCCUCUAUUACAACUACGUCGAUUGCGCCGAUAAAAACUGAUCGUCACGAGAGCACGAUAAUGACAGCUGUCAGCUUGGGGUUGUCUUGCAUCGCCGACCUGGAGUGCCGUAUGGCCGAUCCGCUGUCGCGGUGCAUCAACGGUGUGUGCGACUGCGUCGCGUCCGCGGCGAACGGCACGUGCAACGCGCGACGAACAGGCUGCGCGCCGGGCACGUUCCAAUGCCGAUCGUCCGGAAGCUGCAUCAGCUGGUUUUUCGUGUGCGACGGCCGCGCCGACUGCGCCGACGGCUCCGACGAGGAGUGCACCGGUCCUCGUUGUCCGGUACAGGCAUUCAGAUGCAAAGAGACCGAGAUUUGCAUAUCGAGGUCCGGGCUGUGCGACGGCAACCUCGACUGCCCUCACGGCGAGGACGAGAUCGGCUGCAACAAUCGGCGAAAAUGUCCCGAGGGCGCGUUCAGGUGCAACAACGGUCAGUGUCUACCAGCGUACGAAUUUUGCAACGCGGUGGUGUCUUGCAGAGACGGCAGCGACGAGCCCAGGGGCGCGUGCAGGACACACAAUCGCGGCCGAGUCUCCGCGAGAUUUUGUCCGUUCAGGUGCGACAACGGCAGGUGUCGUUCCGACGCGAUAACCUGCAGCGGUCGGGACGGAUGCGGAGACGGUUCCGAUGAGAAGCACUGUAGCGUCUGCAGAUGCAGUGCGAAUGUCUAAAUCUCAUCUGAUAACUUCAUCGUGUCGCAUCGCAUCGAAAUGGGACAAAGGAACGAAGUGUAAAUAGAACCACCACCAACUGGCUCGUCGAUGAUUUGGCAGUGCUCGAGGAUCAAAGUGGACGAAGAUAAAAGUGAGGCGUGACCAAAGAUUGUUGAGCCGCCCGUGUCGUGGCCGACACCGUGGCUUUCGACACUUCGCGAUUUCGAAAAGACUGAUUUUUCUCGGACUGGGUUCAGAUCCAGUGUUAAAAAAAAAAAAAAAAAAAAAAAA